AUGGCGGAGCUGGCGGCUGGAGCCGUCGGCUCGUUGCUGGGCGUCCUCCGGGCAGAGGCCCAGCUGCUGAGACGCGUCGGCAACGACGUGGAGUUCAUCAAGGAGGAGAUGGAAAGCAUGAACAGCUUCCUGGAGCACCUGGCCAGGACGGCGCCACCCAGCGGCUCGCACGACGAGCAGGUGCAGACGUGGAUGAACCAGGUCCGGGAACUCGCCCACGACUGCAGCAACUGCAUCGACCAUUACCUACUACGCGGUGACCCGGCGAUCCACCGCGCCAGGGGUGGUCUCAAAGGCCACUUUUGGUGGGCUUACUGGUUCGUGCAGGAGUUGAUCGCCAAGAACAUAGCGGCCACCCGGCUGCGUGAGCUCAAGGAGCGGGCCGCCGAUGUCGGCAAGCGCCGGUUGAGGUACGGCGUGGAGAUCCCAGGGAAGCCGGCUACCCCAGGUGGUGCCACAUCGUCAUCGACACUGAUGCCAUCAUCCUCGUCCUCGUCUCAAGCCAUUGCCGCACUUCCGGCGGCUGCAGAAGACGAUGAUGAGGAUGAAGGCAUUCAGCAUCAGGCAGGAGCGAUGGCGGAGCAUUACUCUUACUACCGUCGACUAGUUCUGGAACCUCCCACUCUGGAUAACUACUUCAUAGAGAAGAUAUGCAACUGGGUGGCGACACUCAAGACCAACUGGGUGGAAUCAAUGCCAUCCAUCGCCAUUGUAGCACCAGGAGAUACUAAAGACAACAUCAUUAUAAGUGAAGGUUUGGAGAAAGCGUGCUCACAAUUCGAUUGCACAGUCUGGAUCAACCUCUCGUCAGUACACUACGCAUCAGAUAAGCUAGGACCCAACAAGGUUCUUUUCUUCAUCCUGCGUGUGUGCAGACUCCAGAAGGAACACAAUAAGUGGAAGGAAAAGGAGGCUGGUGUUGAUAAAUUCAGGGUUUGGCUAGCAGGAAGGGCGGAAAAAGGAGAGAUCAGGCAGCAAUUUAAAGCCAAUGUUGAUAAAAAAAUUAAAGCACUCGAAGGCACAAUGGAUAAUCCAAAAGGCACACCAAGAAAAACUGACAAACCCUUAGGUGUACUUUAUCUGACACUGCUAGUGCUACGCGAGGAAAGGAGUGAUCAGGAAAUCGAGGAAGUACUAAAAUGGGAUGAGCAACAGAUGAUCGAGAAUACAGCCAUGAAGCUGGCAGAGUAUAUGCAAACUGAAGGUGGCGUGAACCUGGACAACACCCAAUACAAACGCAUUCUGCAGGAGGUGUUCCUGACCAGUGCUAGUAAUCGUGCUCCUGCUCCUGCUCCUACUACAUUGUGUGACCAUCAGACAAAAGAAAUCAGGGAUCAGAUCAAGGAAAUCAUCAACCUGGUUAAACAAGAGAUCCUAGCAGGCACACAACCUACCAAGUCCCAUGGCCCAGGAGAACAAGAACCAGGUGAUGGUCAAAUUGACAGAGCCAUCCAAUAUACCAAGAAGAAGAUUCCAGAAAUGAAGCAGAAGAUUGAGCAGCAGAUGAUGAUCAAAGGGUUAGUGGGUCAAAUCAACGAACAUUUAGAUGAACACAAACUGCUUAUUAUUCUGCAGGAUGAAAAUAGAAGACGUGGACCCAUGUGGGAGGAUAUCAUGAAUGCUUUGAAUCUCUUGAACCAUGGGAAUGGCAGUGCAGUGAUAGUGACUACGACGGACAGCCAGAAGGCCAAAGAGUUUUGCUACCCGCCCACAGAGCCAAUUACAUAUUCUCUUGUUGGAUUAUACCAUGAUAUUGUGCUCAACCUCACACAGCAUAGGGUGAACAAGGAAGGUGACAACAGCACCCAGAUUUUGCGCGACAUCUUGGACAAGUGCCAUCCACAUGAAUUCUGCAUGAAGAUGUUCGCUGGUGCUUUGUACACCAAUCCCAAUAGGAGCAACAAAGAACUAGUGAGGCUAUCUGAGGCCCUGCAGGUGCAGGAUCCUGCAGGUCUAGGAAGCACAUUGGCCAUUAAUGCAAAGAAGAUAUUCAAGUUCUCCUACAGAGAUCUCUCUACAGAGCACAGGACCUGCUUGCUGUACCUAGCUAUCUUCCCUCAAGGUGACAACAUCAGGCGGUCAACCUUAAUAGGACGAUGGCUUACAGAACGGCUAAUAAGAAAGGAAGACUGGUCCAUUGCAGUUCGCCAUGCUGAGCAAUGUUUCGAUGCUCUCAUCGACCGGUGUCUUGUUUGUCCUGGGGAUAUUAGUGCUAAAGGAGAGUUCAAGAGCUGCAUGGUUGGUGAUCUUGUCCAUGGAUUUAUCACCAAAAUGGCUAAAAAGCAACACGUUUUGGAUCCACGCCUGUCACAUCUCUUGGCUAGGCACUUCUCCAUCUCCAGUGGUCUCCGACUCCGCGCCUCUGAUAACAUAGACAAGUUUGUCAGGGAGCUUCAUAAUUAUUCACCUCAGCUAUCACUACUCAAGUUGCUAGAUCUGCAAGGUUGUAAAUGUUUUGACAAAAAAAGCAACAACCUCAAGGCCAUCUGCAACAACAUUCCAUUUCUCAAGUAUCUAAGCCUAAGACAAACAAAUAUCACCCAUCUACCAAGAGAAAUCAACAACCUCCAUGACCUUGAAAUUUUGGACAUCCGGCAAACCAGUGUGCCUGUAAAGGAAACAAGGCAUGUCCUGCUCCUGAAGCUAAGGCGCCUGUUGGCUGGUCACACUGAUUCAAGUGCAAGCGGUAACAGCACUGGCAUAACCAAUAGGAAACAUAAGUCAGAUUACUCCUAUGUCAGUAUCCCAUACAAGACUGAGAAAAUGGAAAACCUGGAGGUGUUGUCUAAUGUCAAGGCUUUGUCGUCACAUGGAGAUGAGUUGAAGGACAUUAAAAAGUUAUGGCAGCUGAGGAAGCUCGGUGUAGUUAUCGAUGAUAAUGACAAACACCUCAUGAAUUUGCUUCAAACUAUUGGUGACUUAAAAGAGUGCCUUCAGUCCAUUUCGAUCACAAUACCAGAAACCAGGAGCAAGGACCCCUCCACUGAUGAAAAUUUACUACCACGAAAUAUUUACACCCACUUGAUACAACCACCCAAGGUUCUAGGGAGUGUAAGCAUCAACGGACACACAAAGAGGGUGAAGAUUCUAUCAUUAUUGGGUAAAGGUAGCAGUGAACUUGCCAAGGUAACUCUCAGUGGCACCAAGUUGGAGCAGAGAAACCUUAAGGUCCUUGACUCUCUUCCCAAGUUACGCUGCAUCAGGCUCCGACAUUCUGCAUACAUUCAUCCUUGGCUCAUCUUCAACAAGGAAGAAUUUGAACAUCUGAAAUAUUUACUUAUCGAUGGAGACAAUAUGACUGACAUCAACUUUGCAAUGGGAGCAGCUGUUGCACUCGAGAAGAUCGUCUUGUCCUCUACCAACAUAAAGUCUCUUAGUGGUGUCGGUCACCUUCCAAUGUUGAAGGAGCUCGAGUUGAAGGGCAAUGAAUUUUUUGAUUCCUUCUCCGGAGAAGCACCACCUCAGGAAAGCACUGAACCUGUAAAGGCUACUGAAGAUAGAACAGCUCCUCAGAAAAACACUCAACUUGCUUCACAUCCAGAAGAUGGAGCAGUUCCUCAGAAAAAGAAUCAACUUGUUUCACCUCCUGAUGAUGGAGCAGUUUCUCAGAAAACUACUGAAUCUGUUCAGCCUCCUGAAGAUGGAGCAACUCCUCAGAUAAACACUGAACUUGGUUCGCCUUCUGAAGUUGAAGCAGCUCCUCAGAAAAGCACUGGACAAGUUUCACAAGCUGAAGAUGGAGUAGCUCCACAGAAAAUUACUGAGAGAAAUAUCACCUUCAAGAAGGAAGAAUUCCAGCAUCUUAGAUAUUUCCAUUUUGAGGACACCAGAAAGAUCAACAUCAUAUUUGAAAAUGGGGCUGCUCCUGAGCUUGAGAAGAUCAUCUUGUACAUGGACAGCACAGAGUCCAAACUUACUGUGCCUGGUAGCCUUCCAAAACUGAGAGAGGUCGAAGUGAAAGGUGACAAGUCAAUCUUCCUUUCGCUAUUCAACAAUGCCAAUAAAAUUAACAAGGUGACUCUCUUUGAUACCUUACUCAAAAAAGGUGAUGAUCUAUAUAAACUCCUUUCGAAGAACCCAAGCAUGUCCUGCCUAGUGCUCCUUGACAAUUCUUGUGAUGAAAGCCAGCUUAGCUUCGACAAAGAUGACUUCUGUAACCUAAACCUUCUUAUUAUCAAGUGCUAUAAGAUAAGAAGCAUCAACUUCAACAGUGGAUCUUGUACUAACCUCGAGAAGGUCAUCUGGUUCUACAAUGAGUGUGAUCCUAAAAAUGAAAUCCAAAUCUCUGGCGUGGACAACAUUGGGAAAUUGAAGGAGCUUGAGCUUAAUGGUAACUCUGUCCCUCGACAGUUAAGAAAUGACAUCAAAGCACACAAAAACAAGCCUGUUUUCAGACAUGAUAAACCACAGCAGAAGGAGGACAAAGCACAUGAAAAUAAACAGGGUGAUGCGCCAUGCUUUCCACAUUUCACCACCAGCUAUUUUUCCAAGAAGAAGAAUCAGCACUAG